AUGAAUGGAGUGCAGGUUGUGCCAUUUGAGCUUGAGGUUGUUGAAGCAGCAUUAGUUUCACGGAUGCAGCAGUUGGAGCAGAAACUAGUGGAUUUGGAACCUCGUGUUCAAGCUAUACUUAAGGUGUUGCCUAAAAAAUUAACCGGUGACAUAUUGGAGCAACUUCGUAUUAGCAAGCAGACUUUGGUUGAAUUGGGUUCAAAAGCAGGGGCUCUUAGACAAAUGCUGCUUGAUCUUUUGGAAGAUCCUGAUGAAAUACAUAGAAUAUGUACUAUGGGAAGAAAUUAUACACUUAAAAGGGGAAAUGAUGAUGUGGAAUGUUCUUUACCUUCAGAAAAGCUGAUUGUUGAAGGUAUAAUGUGA